UAAUAUUGUCAAAUAAUACAAUAUCCCUUUGUUAUGAUUUUUUUCAAAGAAUUUUUCUUCUAAUAGAUCUAGAAACUGAACAGUGAAAUCUGUACAAAAUGACUGACACAGAUUUAAAAGAACAAGGCAAUAGGCUCUACUCUGCCAGAAAAUUUGAUGAUGCAAUAGGGUGUUAUUCCAAAGCAAUUAUCAAAAAUCCAUACAGUGGAACAUACUUCACCAACAGAGCCUUGUGUUACCUCAAACUAAAACAGUGGGAAAAUGCAAUACAGGAUUGCCGUAGAGCACUGGAACUUGAUAAAACAUUGGUAAAAGGACAUUAUUUUAUGGGACUAGCACUAACAGAGCAGUCACAUCAUGACGAGGCUAUUGCUUCAUUAACUCGAGCAAAUGAUUUGGCUAAAGAUUCAAAGCGUAACUUUGGUGACGACAUUACCAGCGCUUUGCGGCAAGCAAAGAGAAAGAGAUGGGCCCAGCUGGAAGAGAAAAGAAUACAGCAAGAAAUUGAUCUGCAGUCUUAUUUAAAUGGGCUUAUCAGGGAGGAUAUAGAAAGGCGAAGGGAAGCAACUAUGCUCAAGGCUCAAACUGAAGGGAAAUCUGACCAAGAAUGUGAUGCACAAAUACGCAGUUUAGAGGAAGAACAGGACAAGAGAACAGCAGAAGUGCAUGAGCUAUUUUGUCAAGUUGAUGAGCGCAGAAAAAAACGAGAUGUGCCUGAUUGCCUGUGUGGUCGUAUAAGUUUUGAAGUGAUGCGGGAUCCAGUUAUAACACCCAGUGGUAUAACCUACGAUAAGAAAGACAUUCUGGAGCACUUACAGCGUGUGGGACACUUUGAUCCCGUGACUCGGACGGACUUGGAUCAGAGUCAGCUCAUUCCAAACUUAGCAAUGAAAGAAGUCAUAGAGCAUUACCUGGAGGAAAACCCUUGGGCUGAGGAGUUUUAAGACACAUGUGUUCAGUAGCAUACUCUAAGUUACUAAGGAGAGUUCACAUUUCAUGGCAGUCAUUUUCAAUCUAUGAUAUGACAUGAACACGAAAAUAUUUGAGUCACCUUCUGAGAAAACUGGGCAUAAUGCUUGUGCGUAAAUAGUCGUCCCAAAUUAGCCUGUGCAGUCCGCACAGGCUAAUUAGGGACCACACUUUCAGUCUUAAUUGGAUUUUUGCUAAAAAGAGACUUCAUUUUAACGAAAAAUGUCUUAAAAACUGAAAGUGUCAUCCCUGCUUAGCCUGUUUGGACUGCACAGGCUAAUCUGGGGCGACACUUAACGCACAUGCAUAAUGCCCAGUUUUCUAAGAACGUGUCUCAUUUAAGCCUUGCUCUGGGAAAAUGGUGGGUGCAUUUGCAUAAGUGUCGCUUCGGCCUUAAUUUGAUUUUUGCUAAGAAGAGACUGCUUUUUUAAAAAAAAUUCCAUAAAAGGCAGCGGAAAGGGUUGUAUCUUAUUAUUGGACUGCCCAGUUGUCCUAGAGCGGAAAGGGUUGUAUCUUAUUAUUGGACUGCCCAGUUGUCCUAGAGAAAGGCUCAUCUGUUUUUGUUUUUAUUUGGUCAGCAACACUAUUUAACAAUGCAGUGUAAAGAAUACAUGAAUGUUUCUCAGAUGCAAUUA